AACGAGAAGAUCCGAAAAGACUGAUUUUUCAUGAACGCGGAACCUAAAAAACACGUGGGUGAGUCCCCAGAACUUAUGGAGAUUGAAUCAGAGAUCGCCCAGGAUCCGGCUCCAUCUAAGGCUACGAAACUGGCUCCGGAUGCGGCUGCAGUCCCAGAGAAACCGAAAUAUAAUCGCAUCCAAAAAUAUGGGUCACAAAAUAAGUGCUAUUGCGGCAAUGAAAGGAACCUCAGCCAGGCAGAGUUUCUUUGCUUCAAUUGUUCGUGUUGGAUCCACGAGAAGUGUGUGACCUACACACUGGUGCGAAAGAAGAUCCACUGGUUUACGACCAACUAUAUUUUUGUAUGCAAAAACUGCACGUUGGAGGGCGUGGAGAGCUACGAUCGUCACCAGGCCUCACUAACGCAGAUGGCACAUUGUGCCAUCGCCAAUAUGCAGCACUCGGCUGCCAUGAUCGGCGCGCCACAGAUAGUGUUCAGCGUGCAUAACGAUAUCAUUCCAUAUAUCGAAAGGAACUGGCAGGCCUUGACGACUUUGCCUCGUCUACAGACUACGUCCUGGCAAUCGAAGGUUAUACAAAGUCUGGACGAGAAUCUGUCAAAACAAUUUAUUUACGAAGACAAUCCUGUGCUGGGACCAUCAUACGGACUGUCGAUCCAAGACCUUACACUUAUUCAGCCGAGGUACGAGGGCAUGAGACUAACCCACUCCUACUGUAGGGUUAAGCCGGCUAAGCCCAGAGGCCAGAAGGCGCGCCCAUGCGCCAGUAAAAUGGAUUUUAUGCCGCAUGGCUUUCCUCGCGAGUAUCCCUACAACAAGAACGGCAUGGCGUACAUCUUGGCGGAGCCUGAUCCACAUGCUAAAAUGCCGGAGGAGUCGGAAGCCGAGGCUAGCUCCUCCUCGAAACGCAUACCCAUUCCGGGCUGGAUGUAUCGCGUUAAGUUAUCGCCCACCUUGCUCCUGUCGCUGCAUGAUUGCGCUGAACAUCUAAGUAUCACCGAAGACCGCCUUGCUGUCACUGGUGAUCGUGGCUACGGCACGGUUCGAGCCACUCACUCGGUAUCAUGUGGCUGUUGGUAUUUUGAGGUUACCAUCAUCGAGAUGCCAGGAAACUCUUCCACUCGUUUGGGAUGGGGCCGCCGCCACGCCAAUCUGCAGACCCCACUAGGAUGCGACAAGUUUGGGUACUCCUGGCGCUCCCGCAAAGGAACCAAGUUCACGGAGAGCCGCGGAAAACACUACACCGAUGCCUAUGGCGAGGGCGACACCUUGGGCUUCCUCAUAAACCUUCCAUUUGAAUCUCAACUGAAUUAUAGGCCGAAAACCUACAAGGAAUGUCGACUAAUCAAGUCCAAGUCGCAUCUGUACUUCGAGGAGGACGAUAAAAGUGACGAGAAACGGGAGCAACUGUACGAACUGGAGGGCAGCCGCAUCGAGUUCUUCAAGAAUGGCUUGUCACAAGGAGUGGCUUUUGAGAAAAUUUACGCUGGCAGCUACUACCCGACCAUCUCCGUCUAUAAGAACAGCACGGUUAGCGUCAACUUUGGGCCAACUUUCCAGUAUCCGGAGAUACUCAGCCAGCAUAAUGCCCGGUCCAUGCACGAGCGCGUGGACGAGCUGGUCACUGAGCAGUUCCUGGCCGAUACUCUCUAUCUGGCUGAGCACAACAGGGGCCGUCAUCAGGCUCAGGAAUAAUUAUUAAAAUAAGCUAACAACACUUUGCACUCAUUAAUAUUGGCAGAUUU